AUGCCAACAACAGCAGCAGCAGCAACAAUAACAGCAGCAGCAACAGCAGCAAUACGACGGAGAAGAAACCCUCAGGCCAAAGUAUAUUCAACUUAUGUAGGCCUAGCAGCAGCAGCAACAGCAGCAGCAGCAGCAACAGCAGCAGCAGCAGCAACAGCAGCAGAAGCAGCAGCAGCAGCAGCAGCAGCAAAAGCAGCAGCAGUAGCAUCAACAGCAGCAGCAACAACAGUAGGAUCAGGAAGCUGCGAAGCAAAUGUAAUGCGCAUUCACUCUCUGCAGCAGCAGCAGCAACAGCAACAGCAGCAGCGGCAGCAGCGGUAG